AUGCAAGACAAUUUGUUUUUUCGAGGUGCUUUGUCUUUAUUAACAAAAAUUUUAGCUUCUUCCUCACUUGCUUUAGUCUUUGACUAUGGCUAAUUCUUUAUAAAACGGUAUCGAAUCAGCUCACUGUUUUAAUUCUCCUUGAGUAUAAGUUUUAGUUAUGUGCCCAGUUUAGCACUAGCAGCACAGAAAGUAAAAUUAUUUUACUCUUUGCAUCAGCCCAAGGGAGGGGAAGGAGAGGUUUAUUUAGACGGGGCCGGAAAUCCGAUCCCCUGACUCGCCCUUAUGGACGAGUUUUAUUGCAUUAGCCAAGGACUCAUUUUCUAAGCCUAUAAUCAUUAUAUAUACGAUCUCAAUUGAAAAGUGUAAAAAAUAAACAGUUAGUUACAAGUGAAGUAAUACUAAUUUAAAUAGGCAAGACUGCGGCUCUGCUGAUUCCCGCUCAAAUCCUGAAGAAGAUUUUGCAUUGGAUGCAAGGGAAAAAAGGCUUGCUGAAGGAAAAUUUAGAAAGCUGCUAUCGGCUUUAUGUUGAGGCUGAGGGCUUGUGAAACCUCCUAGAUUUUGUUGAGGUGUUGUUUGGGGUUGAGGUGUUGUUUGGGGUAGAGGCCCAAACAAGGCAGAAUUAGUUUGAGUUUUUGGGGGAACGGGAUUUACAAAAGAGUUAGGGGAUCCAAACUGGAAACUUUGCGUGCCAAAAAUAGGUUUACAAGGUAACUUAGAUGCUGAGUUUUGUUGAGAAGAAAAUCCUUCCGGUGCUGAAGGUGCUGAAUUUUGCUGAGAAGAAAACACGCUGAAAAAUGUUUGAGGCUGAGAAGGAAUUUUUUCAGGUUGAGAAAAUUUGCCAAAGCAGUUAAAUGACUCUAACUUACUUUCAGGGAGAGUAGAACUUUUUGGAAUUGAUCCUUGAAAUCCAUUCUGUGCGAAGGAAGCGACAUUUUGAGCUUCAUUUGAAUUGAUUGGAGCAGAGCUUUGUAAAGAAAAAGUAUUCAUUUUAUUAUCUACAUUUUGGCAAAAUAAUUUCAAAGACGUGCUACAUUUAGAAAGGUUGUUGCCCUGGUUUGACUCCCCAUCUGCAACAGAGCAAAUUUUUCACACUUGGACUAAUUUACCUAUAAGUCCAAUUACCAUCAGGUCAACCAUUAGGUCUUCCUAG